GUUCGGAUGCGCUUGGAAGGCGUGGUUUUAUCUCACUGACACGCGCCUAACAUUCUUUCAUUGAUAAUCCGUCGAGUGCACUAACUAGUGUACGAGCAGCGCGACAAUUGCGCACUAAUCAAAAGGAAAAUGAUGUGAGACAGACGCACACGUACCAGGGAAGUCUUGAAGGGGACAAUAUCAGGCUUUCAGAGGGGAACCAAAUUGGAAUAUUCUGACUUUGGAUUUUCAUUACAUAAAAGGGAUUCAACAUGGAAAAUGUACCAAACCCCAAAAGGACUGUCACUGUCCAGAUGAUGCCUCAGCUCACCAGUAUAGAUGUGCUGGGAAAUAAAGAGUUAAAUGCUAACUGGGACAUUGAGCCAAAGUUAACCUUAAAUCAGGAUUGCUCAGAUCAGGAUAAUAUGCAUCUCAAUUCCUCCAUCAAAGAUUCCCACACCACUCUUCUUGGAGGGACUGUCCUUGAAGACAAACACGUGUCGUCCCAUGGCAGCGAAGAACACAGGCAACCUCAAAAUAGUCACGUAAACAUAAAGACCUCAGGUCAGUGUGCCAAGAGCACUGAAGGUAGAAAAACUGAUUGCGAUAUGAAUUCAAAUUCAAAAACUGUCCUUUCGACAUCCAGCCCAUCAUCUACAACUACAUAUAACGCUGACCAGGAGAGAAAUGGCAAUAGCACAACAAAGGCACUUCAAAAUGAACAACAUGAGCCCAAAGUACAGAGCAAAGCAUCAGUAGUUCAAGAAACUAGUGCGAUCAAAGUGACUCUGCACAAUCAAACGCCAAGCCAGGCUCGGGCUCCCAGCACCAACAACACAAUCAAGGACAUGUCACUUUUAUCUGAAUCAAAAGAUGUGAGUUGCACCACCAGCAUAAGCAUCAGCAGUUCCCCGCUUGAACGGGUAUCCACUACCAAUGCUCCUAAAACCAAUCACUCAGUGACCAAAACAUCUGGACCAGCACCUGGGACAAGAAUUCAGACCCCGCAACCACACGAGAUCCAUCAUAUGCCGGUUAAAGAGGACAAAUGUAGCAAUGACGGCGUGAAGGAUUUUAAACCACCAGGAACUGCUCAAGAGACUUCUUCUGGACGCCCAUCUUCAGCUAACAGUGCAAGUCACUCGGUCCACACGGAAGUGAUUGAUGAGGAGGUCCAAACACAGGGAGCUGCUCCUGAAGAGCAGAAGCAGGUCCACUGUAAACUCUAUCGUGAGGCAUCUACCAUGACUUCAGCAGCUGAGUUUGGCGACCAACCCGGCACGCAACGGCAUGACGUGGAGGUGCAGGCGGUUGCUACAGUCUGCAGUCAAUCUACAGCCACUAGCCCUAGUCUUCUGUCUCUACAACCCCAUCGGAGAUCAGUUGGCCUACUACCUGAGGAGAAUGACAGUAUAGCAGUGGUCGUUGGGGUGAAGACCACCUCAGAGGUCCCAUCUGUUGUUGCAUCCAGUACGAUCCUCCCUGGGAAGCCUCCAAAGUCAGACACAGUGAUGGUGCAUGUAGAUGCUGACCUUCAGGAAAAGUCCAAGCUUGGGCCCAAGCCUAAAGAGCCUCAACACAACAGCCAAAGAGGAUUUUCGCCGCUUCAACCGGUUUAUCAGAUCAAUAUCGAGACCUGCAGCCAAAGCAAACAGUCAAACGAGACUACCUGUCACCUUCAGAGCCAGGGUUCACCUGCGGUCUCAGCAUCUGGUCCUCAUAAAGUGGCAUGUGUGCAGGAGCCCAAGACAACAUCUGCUCAGAUCUGCCAGGAUCUGCCAGAAAAAUCGGCCAAGCCUCCUGCAUUGAAAUCCAAGGAGGCAAGUUCUGCAAAACCUCCAAAGGACAUCACAAUGACCACUCCUCCAACAUCAAGCUCGACACCACAAAGUAAAAAGACAGAGCGCCAACAGAAGGGAGCGUCAAAGCAGGAGCAUGAGAAAGAAGACCAAGAGGAGGAGAGUACCAAGCAAUCCAAGAACAGUGUGCAUGACGUUGUGUGGGACGAGCAAGGGAUGACAUGGGAGGUAUACGGAGCGUCUGUGGAUCCAGAGUCGCUGGGAUUUGCUAUUCAAAGUCACCUGCAGUGCAAAAUCAAGGAGCAUGAGAAGAAGAUCAUCACCCAGGCGACUAUCAGAAAAUCCUUGUCUUCGCCUCCUGGCAAGAAGAACAAGAGGAGGCAGGUUAACAUCAACUUCAGGUCCAUGUUCCAAAAUGUCCGCCGACCCAACUGUUGCGCACGUCCGUCUGUACUAGAAUGAAAGAUGAUUGGUUUUCAUUGAGAGGACAAUGUGAUCUUCCAUGAGACUGUGCAAAGCAUGUUGGAAGAUGUCUCUCGUUUGUUUUUUGAAGAGUUUGUUAAACAUAGAAAUGGUGAUUUGAGUGUUAUGUGGAGAACAGUAAUGUUAAAAGAAAAUAUUUUUAGAAAAAGAUGAAAUUAUUUAUGGUGAUAGUAAAGCUAUAACAAUGUUUAGAGUGCAAUGGCAAUAAUUAUAAUUAAUAUAAUAAUAACAGUAAUGAUAAUAUGUAGCAAUCUGCAUGUGUAUUAGUUCAGAAUGGCAGUCUUCUAAAUACCCAAGAUUAUGCACUGUACUGACGAGCAGAUGUAUGCAUAUAACCCUUUUUACCGACUUUGUUUAGUUGAAUAUCUUUUUAAACUUUAGUAGGUUUGUUUGGUAAAUAUUUGUUUUGCAUAAUUUUGUUUGUAACACUGUUGAUUUAUUGUGAAUAUAUUUUAUUUUAUUUAGAAAAAAACAAAACAAAAGAGCUUCACAAUGCUUAUUAUUAUCAUAUUUGGUGUAAACUGAGCCUGUUUAUGAUUUUAUAUUAAAAUAGUUUGGCAAGCAUUU